AUGAUCAUCACGUUUCCUUACUCGGAAAAAGUGAAAAAGUGUCCUGGCCUCUGGAGCCCCCCUUCCUCGUUGCAGCAAGUCCACUUCGCCCGCCUAGCCGCCUUGCGUCUACUCCAUACCGAAACUUCGAAUGCUAUCUUAAAGAGGUGCGUGAUGGUUACUUCUACCGGUGCACUGGUGGGCAUGGCCAGUUGGUGCUUUGCUUCUUGCGAGGCCUUCAUCGUGCCUACACCGACAACUCUCUCGGCUCGACCAACGUCAACCGCCGCAAGAAUGUCGGCUGGCUCGGACUACGUGUCUACACUCCCUGGAGCUCCAUUUGCGGAUGGGAAAGUGUGGGAUCCCGUUGGUCUGUCAUCGGAGGCAGACCCCGAAGACAUCAAGAAGUGGCGUGAAGCAGAGAUCAAGCACGGGCGCGUGGCUAUGCUAGCGUCCGUCGGAGUCCUCGUUGCGGAGAAUUUCCAUCCAUUGUUCCUCGGGCCUGACUACAUUGGCCCCGCCAUCUUUCACUUCGAGGAAAUCACGGCGCGCUUUCCCCAGUUCUGGGCGCUCACCCUGCUCGCAAUUGCUUGGCUGGAAUACCGCCAAAUAAACAUCGGGUUUGCCGAGCUCGAUCCUGUGACGGGAGAAGGCGGGAUGCGACUAGACUACGUUCCGGGAGACCUUGGAUUCGAUCCUUUGGGGCUUGCUCCAGAAGAUGAGCAUGAACUCAACGUCAUGAAGACGAAGGAGCUCAACCACGGACGCCUCGCUAUGAUUGGCAUCACCGGCAUGAUUGUGCAGGAACUCGUGAGGCCGUUGCCAAUUUUUGGCUGAGCUUUGCAACGGCUUUGCAGAGGCCAAUCAAGGAGCACCGCCAUUUGUGGCCUUUCUCAAACCUCAUGAAAU